GGGGCCGAGCUGCUGGCCUUCGCGCCGGGCUGGGACGCGAGCGCGCCGCGCCUCACCCCCGGCUACAGCCCGCGCGAGCUCCGCGAGAGCGAGUUCGGCCGCCUGGCAGAAACUGUCUACCUUGAUCAUGCAGGAGCUACCUUGUUCCCACAAAGCCAGCUCACAAAUUUUACUAAGGAUCUCAUGGAAAAUGUUUAUGGUAAUCCUCACAGCCAGAACAUCACGAGCAAGCUCACGCAUGACACUGUGGAGCAGGUUCGUUACAGGGUUCUGGCACAUUUUCAUACCAUGCCUGAGGACUAUAGCAUGGUUUUCACAUCCGGGAGCACGGCUGCCCUCAAACUGGUGGCAGAGGCCUUUCCAUGGGUGUCCAGAGGCCCAGAGAAGAGUGGGAGUCAGUUUUGUUACCUCACCGACAACCACACCUCUGUGGUAGGCAUGAGGAAGGUUGCUGAGGCCAUGCAUGUCACAUACACCCCAGUCAGCCCAGAGGACAUGUGGUCAGCAGAGGAACAGAGUGCUGUGGCCUGUGACCCUGACUGCCAGCUUCCACACCUCUUCUGUUACCCGGCUCAAAGUAACUUUUCGGGAACCAGAUAUCCCCUCUCCUGGAUAGAGGAGGUCAAGUCCGGGAGGCUCCGCCCUGUGAACGUGCCUGGGAAAUGGUUCGUGCUGUUGGAUGCAGCCUCUUAUGUGAGCACUUCCCCUUUGGACCUGUCGGCUCACCAGGCAGACUUUGUCCCCAUCUCCUUCUAUAAGAUCUUUGGAUUCCCCACCGGCUUGGGUGCUCUGCUGGUCAAUAAUCGCGUGGCUCCACUACUGAGGAAAAGCUACUUUGGAGGAGGGACCGCCGCUGCCUACCUUGUGGGAGAAGACUUCUACAUCUCGAGGCCUUCGGUGGCUGAAAGGUUUGAAGACGGCACCAUUUCAUACCUUGACGUGAUAGCCUUAAAGCAUGGAUUUGAUGCCCUGGAGCGCCUCACAGGUGGCAUGGAGAACAUCGCGCGGCACACCUUCGCCCUGGCUCGGUACACGCACGCUGCCCUGUCCUCUCUCUGCUACCCAAACGGAGCCCCAGUGGUGCGGAUCUACAGUGACUCUGAGUUCAGCAGCCCUGAUGUUCAGGGUCCGAUCAUCAAUUUUAAUGUGCUGGACGACAGUGGGAACGUCAUUGGUUACUCCGAGGUGGACAAAAUGGCCAGCCUGUACAACAUCCACCUGCGAACUGGCUGCUUCUGUAACACGGGGGCCUGCCAGAGGCAUCUGGGCAUAAGCAACGAGAUGGUCAAGAAGCAUCUGGAGGCUGGUCAUGUGUGUGGAGACAACGUUGACCUCAUAGAUGGGCAGCCCACAGGCUCUGUGAGGAUUUCCUUUGGGUACAUGUCUACAUUUGAGGAUGCCCAGGCAUUUCUUAGGUUCAUCAUAGCCACUCGCCUGCGCUUACCAGGUGGCCAGCCUGUCCCUCAGGCCAGCACUGGGGAGGGUGGCGCCCUAUCAGCAGAGGGGAAGGUGCAGGACACUUCUGCAGUCAAUGGGAGAGAUUGUGUCUCACGUUGGGAAAGCACCUGCAUGGACUCCAGCGUUUGGAACAACUCCAGCUCCACCGUGAAUACUGUGGGUUUGUGCCCUGCUCUGAGCAAGGCCUCUAGCACCCAGCAGACUCUGUCAGAGAAAGCUGCAGGCAUCCUGCCUGGGGACCGUGGGCCACACAUUGUCACCAACCUUUAUCUCUACCCCAUCAAAUCCUGUGCUGCCUUUGAGGUGACCAGAUGGCCCAUAGGAAACCAAGGGCUGCUGUAUGACCGCAGCUGGAUGGUUGUAAACCACAACGGCAUUUGCCUGAGUCAGAAGCAGGAGCCAAGGCUCUGUCUGAUCCAGCCCUUCAUCAACCUUCAGCAAAGGAUCAUGGUCAUCAAAGCCAAAGGGAUGGAGCCCAUAGAGGUGCCUCUGGAGGAAGGGAGUGAACAGGCUCAGAUUUGCCAAAGCAAAGUCUGUACAGACAGGGUAAAUACAUAUGAUUGUGGAGAAAAAAUUUCAAGCUGGUUGUCAAAGUUUUUGGGCCGUCCCUGUCAUUUAAUCAAACAAAGUUCAAAUUUUCAACGAAACGCAAAGAAGAAACAUGGAAAAGAUCAGUUUGCUGGCAUAACAGCCACCCUUUCCCUGGUGAAUGAGGCACAGUACCUACUGAUAAACACAUCAAGCAUUCUGGAACUUCAUCAGCACUUGAACACCAGUGAUGAGAAUGGAAAGGAGGAAUUAUUCCUGAUGAAAGAUCUCAUCUCACGUUUCCGGGCCAAUAUCAUUAUGAAUGGAACAAGACCAUUUGAAGAAGAGACAUGGGAUGAGGUCUCAAUUGGUUCCUUGCAUUUCCAGGUACUGGGGCCUUGUCACAGAUGCCAGAUGAUUUGCAUCAACCAGCAGACUGGGCAACGUAACCAAGAUGUUUUCCAAAAACUUUCUGAGAGUCGUGCGAGAAAGGUGAACUUUGGCGUGUAUCUGAUGCAUACCUCUUUGGAUUCAUCUUCUCCAUGUUUCCUGUCCGUGGGAUCUCAAGUGGUCCCUGUGUUGAAAGAGAAUGUAGGACACCAUGAUUGACCUCCUCCUGAGAAUACCAGGAUCUUGUCUCCUAAGAUUUUUUUUCCCAAAAUUCACUAACAUUUCUCUUUUCCGAUGAUUUCUGCUGUUAUAAAGAUCUGAAUAUGUUCAGUAGAAUUUGGCCUUUGAACCAGGGCAGCUCUUUUCCUUUGGAAGUAGAGCAUGCUCUCAUGUUUUUUUGUGGUUUUUUUUUUUUAAUCUUUUUGAGACAGGGUCUCACUGUGCAGUUCAAGCUGGCCU